UACGUAUGCAAUGUUUUUCCAUGUAAGUGAUAAAAAUUAUCACUAUGAGCGAAGGUAAAGACUAUUUUCAGCCAGUUAUAUUUCUUGAUCGUCUCAAAUUCUUCGUAAUUUUUGGAGUGCUAUGAACGAGCCAUCAGAAACAUUUUUUCCAGGCUUGCCAGACCACUGAAAAACAGACAGCAUGUUUCGUAUUGAAUCAUAUGUAACUUCGCUUAUUCUCAGUUAUGUAGACCGAUUCAUCAAAAAUUUCAGACGGCAAGAUGCUCAGGUCUCUCUAUGGGAAGGAGAUGGAAUUUUCCAUAAUUUGGAUUUGGAUUUGGAAGCACUUGAAAAGGAACUGCAAUCUCCUUUUACUUUCAUCAGUGGACAUAUUCAUGAAUUACUCAUUCAUGUCCCAUGGACAAGAAUUGGUUCUGAACCUGUGUCUGUCACCAUCAACACUAUUGAGUGCGUUGUGAAGCUAAAACCUCCUGGAUCUGAAGGGACACAAUCCCCAAGUAAAAGCAGAAAAUCUCAGAUAGAAGAUGAAGUCGCUCCACCUUCGUCCAUGUCUGCGUUCAUCAGUAAAAUUUUGUACAAUGUUAGCAUAACAUGCAAUAAUAUCAUUCUAAAAUAUGUCGAGGAAGAUAUUGUUUUCUCAAUGAAUGUCAAGACCCUGAGUAUGCUCAGCGUCAAUGGAAAUUGGGAGCCAGAGUUUUUGGAUAUGAAUCCAAUGCAACAGUUUUUACGGAAAUUGAUGACAGUAUCCGACAUCACUAUAUGCCUGGAUAAACGGAAUGCUUCUGGCCGGAUAGAAUCAUUUUUAGAGCCUUUACUUUAUCGUUGCUCAAUGACGAUUCGGUUGUGUCGUUUUCAGCCCAAUGCCAAAUCAAGGAAAACUAGUUUUUCAAGACUGGAUAUAUUUUGCAGUGCUUUGUCUUUUACUAUAAGUGAACCUCAGGUCACAAUGAUGAUGAGAUUAUUAAUUCUUGCAUUAUCUUUGCGACAAAAACCACCUCCAUCAGAUGCUCAAGAAUGUUUACCGGAUAACGAAAAUAAAAACUUACGAAGUGGCUCCAGCAUUGAUGAAGGGGUUUCUGAUGGAGAGCUACAAUCAUGGAGUGGUUGGUUGUGGAGUUGGGUGCCUCAAAUUCUACCUCAAAAUGAUAUGGACGAGUCCUCGCACUCACCACUUUUGGCUAAUUUUUCACACAGAUUACAUCUUGGUAUUUACAUCGAUUCUCUCAGCUGUGUCAUCAAGUUGGAAAAUAAUGAGACUAGUAAGUCAUCUAAACGGGUAUAUCAGCCAUGCCUACAAGUUUGGCUCAAUGGCAGUUUCUUCAACUUAAUCUCUGUAAAUACCAACUGGUCAAAUGCACAAUUUGGGGUCAGUCACAUUUCAAUCGAACCUGUUGGAGACUGCUGUUGCGGGUCAUCUGAAAUGAACCAGGUACCAUAUUUUUCAUCGGGCCGAAUCCAACAAGAUUUUUUGAAUGGAUCCUUGUUCAAAAAUUCCUCUGUUAUCCCUGAGGAUAUACCAAUAGAAUGGAAUGCGCAUUUAAGUCUUGUAACAGAAACUUCGCUUUUAGAACGUACACCUGCCCUUGCUGUCGACUAUCUGUUUGUAGUGGAAAACACCCAUGUCCUCGACAUCAAUGAAGAAGAGCACGAGAUCAACGAAGAAAAAGUGCUCACUCGGAUCAUUAUUGGACCGUUACUAAUUAGAUUGAACUCCGGUUUAAUUCAUAGGCUACAAAGAAUCCAUUUCAUUUCAACAUUAUAUGACUACCAACCUUACAGUUUUUUUGCUGCCAGGCAGGAUUCCAUGGGUAGUCAAAGUGCCUUACCAAAGUUAAAUGAAGAAGAAUUGCUGUGUGUACUAGGAGGUAAUAUCCCUCAGAAUGUUGUCCAGUUUACUGCUUUCAAUCCAGUCUUUGAAAUUUAUGCUGCUUCUCAUCCUCCAGUCUCCUCCGUCAGACAAAGAAAAAUAUCCAAAGUCCAGAAACGCGUUCUCCCCGGUUCUUCAGAUGUAGUCCCUCCCAGGUUUACAUUAGAGUGGCAGUGUCUGGAUGGUAAAAUGACAACCCCUCUCCGGUUGAAGCAAAUAGUCUACACUCUCCUUUCUUUACGGGAAAAGUUGCCAAAUUCACUGUUAAAUGCUCUUCAAACCUUCAUAUCAGUCAAGGUUUUAGGUCUUGGCUCUAGUUUGAUUGUGAAUCCAGGGAAAACACUGAAAAUUUUAGAGAUCAACAAUGUAUCGAUUAAUGUGAGACUCUCAGACAAGGAAUUAAUCGAAAACACAGAAGAAAUCUUAAAAGAUGUAAAAUUUGAAAUUGAGAGUAUCAUUCUUACCUGCUCAAAGGCUAGUGUUAUAGUUUAUUGCCAAAUUUUGACAUCCUUGAUGUUCAGUAAUCAUAAACAGAAACUUUAUCAAUGUCUAAAAUUAAUCCACGAUACCUCCUUGGUCACUGAUGUGCAAAUUUUACCAGGUGCUGUUUUAUUAGAUGUAAGUAUUUUUAAUGUCCAGACUGAGUUCAUUGAAACCAAUUUGUGUCACUGUGCUAAGUUCUCCGUCCAUAAACUGCAAGCUUUCAUUGAGAAGCUUGCUUCAGAUUGUAACACUUGCUACAAAGCUAUGAUUUUUGGCGCUCCCUUGGUGCCUGAAAACAACGAACCUAUCGUCGAAGUGGUCUUACAAGUCCCAAUCACUGAUGAACAACGAUAUGCCCCUAUCCUCUGUUUUGUCAUCCGACACAUGCAAAUGUCUGUUGAUCCUCUGUUGUAUGCAUGGUUAUUGUACCAACCAUCAACCACAGGUCUACCAUCCAAAAAGCCUGGACAAAAUUCUUCUAGUGGAUUAUUAACCAGAAAAGUUUCAGAAUCUAACUUGAGUGCUAGUCAAGCUUCCAAAGCAUCUAUUCCUCCAGCAACGCUCCAGCAAGAUAGUGCUCUGAGCAGCUCUGGCAGAGAUACAGCAACCCCUUCAAUCGUUACACAUUCCAAUAUUCUGAAACAGAGUGAUUCCACCUCCAAAAUGUCAUGGACUGAUACCAUUGUCUCCAAAUUCUCUGUUUGGAAAGGCAUUGUCAUAACUGGAGACGUAUCCCAAUUAAUAGUGUAUUUUCCCCGUACAACAUUUGAAGAUGUCCGCAGUGAUAAAUCUGAUCCUAUUAGCAUGGAGCAAAUCAUACAAUUAUACUUAAGCAAAACUUGUCCUCCAGAGUACAGUAAGGUAGCCCAUGGAGCCAAAAACCUUCCGGAUUUCAGUUGUUUGGAAGUUGUCAUUUUCAAGCUGCCAUCUAUCAGUUUGAGGUGCUGUAGUACAAAAACUUCAAUUAUGGAAUAUAUUCAUUCUUUACCAGUCAAACUACCGGAGACUUUAUGGACACCUGGGAAAUUAAACUUUCCAUGGAGUUUAGAAAUCGCUGACCUUCACUGCAUGACUUUCUCAAAUGGAAUCGAUACCAGCUUAUUGAAGCCUAUUUCAGCUUCAUGCACAGUUGGUAUUGCACCUCGUAGUGCCACAAAUGAUGAAUCACUAUCGUCUCUAGGUCUAAUCGUUCAUUGUGAUAUGUCUCCUGUGACUGUGUCAAUAUCUGAGUUACAGGUCAAAAUGCUAACUGAAUUAUUACUCGCAUCUCUGGCUGUGUAUAGAGUACUGUUCAAUUCAAAACUGACUGAUUCAUCGAGUCCUCUCAAUGAAGAUAUUCCUAUUCGAGAAACUACUGCCCCAGUAGUUGGUAGUGAAGAAUCAAGGAGCGCUUCUGCUGUAACAAAAGAUAUUUCUAGUAAACUGACUGUUGCGGUUGAUGAUUCCUCUCAAAAAGUGAAGUUAACAGCAUGGUUGCAGUUAGUAUUAGCUCGAUUUUCCCUAAUACUGUCGACAGUCCCUUCAUCUUCUUCAUCAGAAAACUUGAAACUUGUUCUUGAUAUCGAAGAUGUUAUCACUUCAAUGGAUAUUCAAAGCGUAUACUAUAAAGUAAAGCUGAAAGUAUCCAAUGCUUGUGUUCAGUAUCAUACAAGAGAAUCGGUAAAACAUCCAUGGAAACUAGGUAAAUUUUUAGGUCUGGUCAUGCGAAGUCAUAAUGCAGACUCAACGCCAGAAAUCCCCUCAGCCAUUCCUGCCAGCUCAGCCUCUGGACCUUUUGCUGAAGAUUCCACGAAUCUAAGUAGAUUCCUCGUCGCAACAUUAACCAUCGCAUCUUGCAACCACCUACAUUCCAAAAUCACAAAUGCCAAUUCUUCCAGCAUUUUCAGUGAGGUUAUCCCGCAUCAAUCACUUACUGACGAUAGAUUCAUAACAGAGUUGAUUUUAAAAAUUCAACCAAUUGACUUUAUUUUUUCGCCAAGUAUCAUGGGGAAAUUUUUGAACAUAAUUUUACCCUUGAUAAAUAUUAGCUUUGAUAAAAGUAUUCCGAUCUCUACUCCUCCGCCCACAGUUGAAGUGCAAUCUCAGGGACAGUCCUCGCUUGUGUACAAUUUGUUACGCUACAACUUUCCCAUGCUCUAUAUUGACAUGAUGAACAUAAGAUUGAUAGUACCGCAAAUGCUUUCGCAAUCAGACAAGAGUCACCAAGAUUGUUUUAUCUUUGAAUUGGAUAGUAUAACUGUUGCUCCACAGCCUGAUAAUCCACUUUGUCGAAAUCCGCUGAGAGCAGACCUCUACCACAUAGCGGAAAAACAUCACAUUUUACACACACCUGGUUCUUUGAUAGAAGACCGGCAAUACCAAAUUGAUAUCAAGAACAUUCGACUCAACACAGGAUUUUGGUCAGAGAUGGAGCAUCUUUUACGGAGCUAUCAGUCCUUUGACUCGAUCUCACCAAGGACAGUAUCCCAGCCUAAUCCUGCUGUACUAUGGAACCAAGGUCAAAAUCCAGAUAAUUCAACAACCAGCAACCUCACUCUUCAAACAAUUGUGGAAUCAUUCAACAUAACCAUCAAUGUAGCUCCUCCAAUGUUUUUCUUCAGUUCACCUGUGCCAAUUUUGGUCUGCGGAAGUUCUGCAGAGAUCAACGUUUUAUCAGAGAUAAAACUAUUUCUUUCAAUGAAUCAGCUAAAGCUCAUUUCUAGCCUGCAAGAUGAAAUAUCAGCUUGUAUCGUUUCCAGAAUGAAGUCAUCGACAAGCACAGUUUCUUAUCCUCGUCUAUUGAAAUCUCCAAUUCCUGGUCCGUCUGUCAGAAAAGAUAGUGGCCUUGAAUCUAUCGAUGGAGAUUCAGGCGUAUGUAGCUUGAAAAACGUCGACAAAAGUGAUGCCAACACAGGAACAAAAGUUCUGUAUACCAUCCAUGAAGCUCUGUCAAUUAUUCAGUGCCAAUCAGUAUUUAGUGACUCCUCGCCAAUAUCUAGCGGAGGAUUCUCCAAACGAACUAAACUGAAUUACAUUCCUGUCGAAAUCCUUUUGACAGCAAAAGUUUUAAGUUUAAGCUUAUUCAAAGAGUGUAAAAGUAAGAGUGCAUCCACUGAGGCGGCUGAAAUUCAGCCUAUUUUUUUCAUCGGUGCCGUCGAGCCUCAUUGUUUUAUCAAGUAUUAUUCUGAUUCUUACUUUUGUCAAGCGUCUGUUUUUGACUUCAGUGUUUUAUUUGCUAGGCCAAAUUACACAGCAAAUAGAUUGUUACCAAAUGAGGUUGAUUUUCCUGUGAAAUUUUUGGAAACAGCUGAAGGUCAACGGUGUAUAAAUGGAGUUUCACCAUCGUUUUUCACCUCAAAAUACUCUCAACAUCAUUCCAAACAACCCAAAAUUGAGAUCGAGCUUGGAAGGCCCAUUAGAUUGAAUUUAAGCACAGCUAUCAUUAAGCAUAUCCAACGCAUUUUCGAGUCUCUGAAGGUGAAUGAUUAUAGUGCAUAUUCAUCGGCCACAGAACCAACCUCUUGUGAUGGCUCCAGCAAUAGCAAAACUAUAGAUUUAUCUUCUGAUCGCCAAGAAUCAAGUCUUCGGACAAAAACAAACAAUUUCAGCAGUAUUUCAGUCAACACACAGCAAUUAACAUUCGCUUUGUAUGGACCUCAGCGCAAGAAAAUCAUUCUCAGCAUCGAGAAAAUCGGAAGUUUAUUGAAAAUAAUAAGUUUAUUGAAUCACUCUGUUGAUCGAAUACAUUUUACUCUAAAUUUGGGCAGUGUAAUUGUAACUAUUUCAAAGUCGGGGCAGGCAAAUGAGGUUCUUCUGAAUCCAUGGAGUUCUCUGUUCACCCUAACUUUAUCUUGGGAGCCCUGGUUUCACUCCUGCUCUAAACCUCUGACACAAAUUACUGUGGAAUCUGACAUUUUAGCAGUAAAUUUUUGCCUUGACCGAAUUAGGAAUGCGCAAUACGUAUUAUCAGAGUAUGUACAACUUUGGGAGCAGUAUGUACAAUUGUCCAAAUCUAACUCUGGUUCGAAAGAAGAUUAUUGUGAACAAAGCUCAGAAAAAAAUCAGAGCACUGAAGAAGAACAACAUUAUAAAGACGAUUUACGUGCCGGAGCUUUCCAAUACAUAGAUCAAGUAUCCGAGCUGCCAUCUGCCUAUCAAGUUGUCUUUGACAAAAAAGGUAUCCAUGGAGCCCCAUCUAUGUCAUGGCGGUAUCCACAACCUCGUUGUAUCACAAAACUUGAAGUUUCACCCGUGCCUUUCACCAAUCUGCAAGAAAAGCUCUCAUCCAAUUCAAGCAAAGACGUAGAUUGUGCUCUGGAGUAUUAUAGUGAUGUUCAUGGCCAGUUUAUCGAGUACACAUUGUUCUCAUUGUCCGAAAGCAAAACUCAGCGCGUCCACUUGCCAAUGAUAGAACCUCUCCCGGUAAUAGCUUCUUGUUGGAGGAUAAAGCUCGUGUCACCAGAUAGUGGAAACAACCAUCUGAUUGAUGUCCGGUGUUUGGCCGGAAUAAUUCGCAUAGACUCCUAUUACUCUCCAGCAUUUCUUCCACGAGUUCAAGCUUCACUAUGUGUGAGUUCCAUUCAGAUUGAAUUUUGGAACACAAUGCGAAAAACUUUCAAAAUGCCACAACCGCUCAAUCGCUACACUCUUGAUGAGGUCGUGCCUGGUGAUCACUGUUUUGCCAAAUUAUCCUUUGAGCAGAGUAAAUUUGGCUUCAUGUUUUGGGAAAACAUAAUGACCGGUGAAAUAGUUGCAGCUCGGCCACGCCUUGACGUAUUGAAUUAUGCUUCCCUUUGCAUGCAGUGUGUUGUUGAACCGUUUCUUCUUCGUGCCUCUAGCUACUUUUUCAAAGAACGUGGGAAUAAUCCUCAUUUGUCCAUUGUCACCAAUCAUAUGAAUGUAUGGAUCGGACCAGGAAUCCUUCAGUCACUGAACAUUGCCCAUCAGUUGUAUUACCAAAACCAAAGUGAUGAUGAAGAUCAAGUACAGGUUUUGUUCACACCAUUUGCUGUUUGCAACAACACAAAUGAAGCAAUCAAAUUCGGUCAAGUGGGAACUAGCGAAGUAAUUAUUCUGCAACCGCUGCAAGUACACAUGUACUCUUGGCGAUCUGCAAAAAGCAGACCGUUUUUAAAAUUCACUCUUGCUUCUUCAAAUUGGUUGUGGAGUAAUCCUGUUUCCGUCAUCGAAUACAAGUGCUCUUUUGAGACCGUCUUAUCAGAGGAAGGUGAGUCAGUUGUGAUAGUCAUCGGCGUGAAAGAUAUCUCGCCUACUUUAACGCAAGUUAGCAUUGAUGGGCAACUACAGCUAUGCAAUUUAACAGGACGUGUAUUGGAAUGUGCCGUGGUCUCUAGAAAAGAUGGUACUUGCAUUGAUAACCGCUUGAUGGCGUUGUCGCCAGGUGUCACUCCACCCUCAAUUUUACAACGUACUUGUGCAGAAUCUUGCAUUCGUCUAAGUUUUCCGUCAGUAUCUAACCCUGGAUCGUCUGGCUGGUCAGGGCUUGUCCCAAUUCACCCUCAAGCAGGCUUGCAGAAAAGUCAUUGGCUUGUUAAAGUGCCUUUUAAAACAAGAACCCAAUAUCGUAGCAUUUGGUGUCGUGCGAUAUGGGACGCUGUCAAAAUAAAUGAAACUAUGUUCCAUAGAACACUGGUGAUUUUAAUGCCUUUAGUCUCAAUUAAAUCUAUUCUACCAUGCAAAGCCACUGUUGAAAUCGAAACUCCGCAGCACGAUUCAGUCUCUGCAACUGUUGUGGGUCGCAACAUAGAGCAUGAAUUAGAUUGUCCAGGGACAACACAUGACACCCACAAUUUAUCUUUCCGUCUCGAAGGCAGUCUCCCGGCCUUCAGCCCCAAGGUGGCAGUAUCGUACAACUCACCGGAAGGAGGAGUUUCCCCAGAACCAUCCGCUCUACCUCCAUUUGAUGAUCUUCUGUCAGAAUUAUGUCUCGCCAAAACGGAUGGCACCAGUUCAGAAUGGCCAUUCAUCGGUCCUGAGUACAAUAAUUUCCACUGGGUGCAGUCUGAUCAACCAGACACAAUAACUCACAUAAAAACCAAAUGCAAAUCAGACAAGUAUUUCUGCAAUUCGCUCCUGGUUGAGCUAAAACCAUGGGCCCUCCUGGUGAAUACCUCCGGUUAUGAGAUCUCAAUAAAAUGUAGCAAUGAAACUGUCUGCUCUCUUGUAGAUCGAAGCGUCAUUGCCCCACCCUUCAUAGAGAGCACUUUUCAGUUGUGCAUUGAUUUUCAUUCGAAAAACUUCCGUUCCUCCUCAUUACAACUUUCUUCCGAUCAGUCGUUUUACAUUCCAAGGAUUUCCGGUCUUAUUCCUUUAUCUGGCAGCGUCUCAGUUACUAUCGAUUGCGACUCUUUUGUGUCACUGGUUACCAUCACCUCUAGUCAAACCGAAGAUGUGCGAAUUCUUCAUUUGAAAUCCUCCUACAUAAUCUCUAAUAAUAGUUCCUGUAAUGUUACAAUUGUACCAGUUAUUGUCAGAAGUAAAUGCAAAGCCUUUAGAUUCCCGGUGUCCACUGAUGUGCCCGAAAGUGCAGUGCAUCUACCUGCCGAAGUUGAAGUAAACCAAAGAGCAAGACCAUUGACUUUUUGGGCAAAGAUUAAGGCGGAUGGGAAAAAAGAAAAUACAGUGGAACUGUACCUAAUCGUUCAUAUCAAUGAUAAGAUCAGUUGUCCUAUUUUGGUUUCUUCCAUAGUGGACAAACAGAUUUUGCCUGUCAUUUUCUCUUCCGAGGAUGGCAAUGAAGAACCCGUGUCUGUUAGCAUAACUGCCCAUACCAAAGAUAAUCAAACUUUUUUCAGUAUCUGGGACCAACCAUAUCCAGACAUCGUCAUCUAUAAUAACACCAAACUCUCUCUGUUAUUUACCCGAAUGGCCGAACAGAAACAACCAGUCCAUGAGACUUCUGAUUGGCAGUGGACUUUGGUCAUCGCUUCCAACACAGCCGUAAAUUAUUAUUUCCCAAGUGGAACUUCGAGUUUCUUUGCUUUAGCUUUAAACGACAGAUCAUCCCCUGUGGAGUGGUCCGAGUGUGUUCACCUUUCACCAUGCAUCAGCCGGUUGAUCUCUUUACCGAAUCAUAAGCAUGAAAUUAAGCUCACAAUACUGAAAAGUGCCUACAUGAUGAAGAUUUUUAUCGAAUCAGCAUCCCAGAGUGAAAUAUCGGCGCAAGACAUAAGACUUCGAUUGGUGCAAUCUAAAAAUGUUGAUCGCUGUUCUAAGGAAUUGCAGUAUCAAGACAGAAUACCUCAACAUGAGCCUCAUAAAAAGGAUUAUUCAGGGGUCAUUGCUGAGGAGCGGUUAGAUUCCCCCUCAAAAUCUCUGGCCCCUUUCAAAAAAUCUGAUGAAGAUUUGCUAAUCUCAUGCCAAAGCGAUGAUGCACUCUCAAGGAGGCUGGAAUUAUCAGAGGCAAUGAGUGCUGUUGAGGAUCAAUUACUUUGUGACCUGGGAGUCGGCCAAUCUAGUCCUUCAGUUGACUAUGAGCCUCUGCCGAUGACCCCAAAAGACACAACCUUUAAUCUCCAUUUGUCUCAAAGAGUAUCAGAGGAAGAAACAACAGAGAGUUCAGUUAGUGCCCAUGUCGUCACUGUGAUGAAGAAGCAGAAGAAUUUAGAGGAUCAAGUAUUGAAAAGCUCUCUUUCAACGGGAUCUGCAAAUCUAAAUGUGACCUGUUUCAUGGCUGGUCUUACAGUGACUUUUAUCAAAGAUGAUUUUAUUUGUUCAGAAAAAGAGGUUGCAGCCUUAAGUUUUGAUCAUUUAUGCUUUCUCAUUCUUCCUCUCUCAGUAGCUGAAGGGAAAUCCAAUGAACUACAUGUGAAUUUGUCCUUCGGGGGCAUGCAAGUAGACAAUCAAGAAUUCAGUCAAGGAGGCUAUGAUUUUCCUGUUGUGAUAGUAAAAGCAAUGAACGAUAAAGAAGAGAUCAUAUCCCCAACAGAUAUUGCCAAGCAACCUGCGCAGUGGCUAGUUGAAGAAGCUCGUAUGAAAGGGCAGAUAGCAAUUUUUGUAAAUUCUGUAGUAGAUGUAACAACAUACAAGACUUGGGUUGUAGAGGAUGUCAGCGUCAACAUAUCAUCUUUCCAAGCGUAUAUUGAAGAUACCUAUUUUCUGUUUCUAAAGAAAUAUCUCCUUUCAUUAACUAAGUGGACCUCAAAUAACACUUAUAAUAACCCCAGGAAAUCGACCUAUGCGCCAGUUUUUUGGUCACAGGAAAAACACCUGAGAAAAAGGGACCGCGAAAAUGAUGAAAACCUAAAAAAAUCAUCUGCACGUAAGUCUAAUGGAAAUGUUGCAGUAUCAACGUUUGAAAAUGCAGAUAAAGUUUCAGAAAUAUCCUACAAUGUGUCAUCAAACGGAAGCAACGUGGAUUUAGAACAACCAAAAGAGAACCCAUCAACCUCUAAGCCUGCAAUAUCUGGUAGCCAUCAUCAACCUGUUGAGAGUUUAGAUGAAAUAAUUUUUAAUUUUGACACCAUUGAUAAUGUGGAGCAAUUAACCAAUGAAAACAAGAGUGCAGUGCAAGAAUUCCUAGUAAGGCAAAGGGCAAGUCUGGAUGGAAUACCUGUCCCAGAGAGCUUUUACCUCCUCUCUAGGGAAAUAGCAAUGCCAUUAAGAUUAAGGAGCUUAAAAAUAUCACCAGUAAAUAUUUUAGUGAGUGUCCAUACAUCCACUAAGUUUUACAUCGCCUUAGAUCAUUCCCCUUUAAGUUUUUCUGAGUUCAAGAGAUUCAACCUUGUUACAUCACAUUUUCGGCUAGGUAGUGCCAUCAGUCUACACUACUUCCUGAACGCAAUUUAUGGAACAGGUUGGGCUUUGGGAGCAUUGGAGUUGUGGGGUGCUCCAGGCGGUCUCGCUAGAAGUGUUGGGGCUGGAGUGCGCGAUCUCAUUACAUUACCCAUUACAGGAUCCAUCGAACAAGGUGCCAGAGGUUUCCUAGUUGGUGUUGCGCAUGGUUGUGCAUCCCUCAUGAAGCAUGUCACUGCAGGAACCCUAUCAUCAGUUACAAAAUUUGCUGCCAGUUGGGCUCGGACAUUAGAUCGGCUAACCCUGGAACCGGAAGAUCUAAGACAUGCAGAAGCACUGCGUAGAUCAAGACCACAGGGUGUGACUGAGGGAUUAGUUCAAGGACUAACAGAAUUCGGUAUAAGUUUACUAGGUGCUAUUGGUGGUUUGGCUCAUCAUCCUUUACAGUACGCGAUCAGAGACAAUCCUGAACGUAGUUUAGUCAAUAGUAUUGGACUAGGUCUAGUGGGUGUUAUCACAAGGCCUCUUAGUGGUGCUGCUGAGCUAGUUGCCCUCACUGGUGAAGGUUUACUGUCUGGAGUUGGCUGGAAUCAAACUCCCAAGGCAAAGCAACAAGCCAUAACACAGAAUCGAAUAAUUUGCACUAACUCAAGUUUAAAGUAUCAGUGGCAGUUGUUAAACAUGUUUGAAGAGCUUCUCUACUCUGCUGAGGUAACCCACCAAAUGGACACGAACACCUACAAGCAUGUUAUGCUCGUUCUGACCAAAGAAUCCUUGUACAUUUUCGACUGUGAAAAUGAUGAACAACUUAAGAAAAUUUCUCUGGAAGAACUUUUUGAAACUCAAAAUGAAAACGAUCCGACAUUGAUCACCUUCCGCAUCAAAAGUCAUGAGAAACAGCUUGAAGAAAUGAAUCAAGCCAGAGUACUGGAAUUUGUUCGUGAUAGUCAAAGACUGGCAGGUCAACAGUCUUCCACUUCCCCUCUGAUAGAGUGCUCCGGUGAAGAAACCGUCAGUUUUUUUAUUAAUCCUCAAAGUCGGAAUCAUUUCAUCGUAUUUUUCAACUUAGCGAAACGUCACAGUCAAAACAGAGGAUUUCCUUUGUUCUAGGUUAAAUAUUGAUUUUUAAAUUGUUUUUUAUCGUUGAAUGUGAUUAUUCAACUAUGUUUUGUGAUUCCUUUUGUCUGUAAAAAUGAGUUGACAAUAAACUAGUUUUCUAUUUAAA